AUGGAACUUCCAAAAUCUCGCAUAGUCCAUUUAGUUGACUCCCGCGAAAUUUUACCGCAACCACAAAAAUGGUUUACAACUGCUUUAAAAGGAGAUCCUUACUUUGUUAGACGGUUCAAUAACGAUUAUCGAAGCCUUACUGGACACACAGGUUGUGUUAAUACUGUGAUUUGGAAUAAAGCUGGUGACCGUAUAUUAUCUGGCUCAGACGACAACCGGAUUAAUAUAUGGGCACCAUUCGAACCCACAAAGAAUGCUUUGAUACAUACAAUCCCAUCGGGACAUAAGGCUAAUAUUUUCUCUGCGCAUUAUAUGACCAAUACCGGUGAUCGACAUAUUGUAUCCUGUGCCGCGGAUGGAAUUGUCAAAUUUACCGAUCUGGGUCAAUAUAUUUCACAAUCCGAAACGAGUAGUUGGAAUCCUUGGCCUUCUUUUCAGUGUCACAGUGACUUAACAUACCAAGUUCUUCCGGAUCCAAUCGAUUCCAACAUAUUUUUUGAUUGCUCAGAUGACGGAACAAUCAACCUUUAUGAUCUAAGAAUCAGAACAUCAUGUAAUUGUGAUCAUUGCACACGUCACACAUUCCUAGAUCUCAAUAUGAAACGACGACCACAAAAAAGAAAGUUAUUUACUACUUCCGCAUCAAAACACGAGGAUGCUCGUUCGCAAAGUGAGCCAGAAUCGGAACAACAAUCACGAAGACGUCGUCAUCUAUUUGAAUCCCGUUCUUCUAAUUCAAUUAGUAUUACUAAUAUAGCCAUUAGACCUGAUAAUCCGGUUUAUUUGGCAGCAGCAUGUUCUGAUGAUACUGUGCGAGUUUACGAUCGAAGAUUUAUUCCUCCACCAUCUUCAGAUUCGGUGUAUCAUCGUGAUGCUCAAGUAUACACGUUCAUUCCCACGCGUAUGAAACAUGAUAGUACACAGCGAAAAGAAGAGAAUCAUCACUUUGACGCAUAUAACUAUCACCGGAUGACCUGUCUUAUAUAUGAUCCAAAUGGAGGUGGUGACUUAUUGGCAAGCUAUAGUCGUGAUAAAAUAUAUCUAAUAAGACCUGGCGCAGGGAAAAUCAAAAGAUCUGGGAAAUCUCGAAUGGGUGGAAUUAAGGUUCCAAAAAAGGAAAAAAAUUUAGUUGAUAAAUCAAUAGAUAAUGAUGAUGAUCUUGUUGACGAAGCUCGUAUUAUGGAAUCGGCGAACGAGCGAGUAACGAAUGAUGCAGAAAAUAUUAUUGGCGAAGAAAUGGACAUUUCAUCUGACAAUAACAAUCAGAAUGUUGAUACGAAAGGGAAAAAUAAAGAAAGCGACGGCAACAUUGAGGGUAGUGGUAGUAAGGCAAAUUAUACUGCUGCUGCUCCUGAGACUGAAGAUAAUAUCCCAACAUCACGUCCACUACACAUAAAUUCAAAUGAUAUACAACAGAAUUUAUAUGAGACAGAAGAUAUUGAUUAUGAAGACGAUAAUAUGCAUAGUAGUAGUGAUGAAGACGACACAGAUUUUAAUAUUGAAGAAGCAAACGAUGAGGAUAUUGUUCAGACAUUUAGCGGACAUCUUAAUGAAAAAACAAUGAUUAAAGAAGCCAACUUUUUUGGGGAUCGGUCACAGUACGUCAUGAGUGGUUCUGAUGACAGGAGAAUUUUUGUAUGGGAUAAGAAGACCGGUCGUGUAAUAAAUUUAUUGAUUGGUGAUAGGAAAGUGGUUAAUUGUAUUCAGCCACACCCAUACCUUCCCAUACUAUGCACAUCGGGAAUCGACAAUGAUGUUAAAAUCUGGCAGCCUUGUGCAGAUGAAGAGUAUGAUGUAUCAAAAGCCGAAGAAAUUGUCGAACGAAAUAAUAGAUUUAACGAGACUCAUAUUGGCGCGGAGAUGAGAAAUCGAGUGAUGAUUAUACCGAGUAAUAUGAUUUGGCAAAUGUUGGCAAUGAUUAAUGAAGGUUCAACAGGAUUUUUUGAUUCAGAUAAUGAAUGA